ACCGUCACCAGCGCCAUUCAGUGCAGUGUGCAGUGACAAAUUGCACUGCGCCGCGACUGUUCGGUUUUACACACAUGAAAAUUCAAAAUUCGAAACCGAAGUUUGAGCCAAGGUCAAAUUGUUCCUAAAUUUAAUGGCAUUAUUUUUGAAAUAGCCCAUUCUAUUUAUGUUAUUCGUUGUGUUUAUGUACUUCUAUAUUGUUCUGUGUUUUUUGAAGUUUAGUUCUGCAUUAAGUUGAAAGUUGCUAUGGCUGAAGGUAAUGGUGAAGUGUCGGAAGAGCCAAUGAAGAUCGAAUCAGACGAAAAGACCGAAGAUUACCAGAAACUAAUUGACUAUGGUCUUGAUGAAAAAGUGGCGGCUAAGCUUGAUGAGAUUUACAAAACUGGAAAAUUAGCUCAUGUCGAUCUCGACGAGAGAGCCCUUGAUGCCCUUAAAGAGUUUCCAGUUGAUGGAGCUCUCAAUGUUCUUGGUCAAUUUUUGGACUCUAACCUGGAACAUGUCUCGAACAAGUCGGCUUAUUUGUGCGGAGUCAUGAAAACUUACAGACAGAAAAGUCGAGCUGGUUCAAGUCAAGGUGUUGCUGCUCCAACUCCAACACCAAUCACGAAGGGGCCCGAUGAAGAAAAGAUUAAGCAAAUUUUAGAUAGGACAGGUUACACUUUAGAUGUUACAACAGGUCAACGUAAGUAUGGUGGACCACCUCCUGAAUGGGAUGGUUCACCACCUGGCUCAGGUUGUGAAGUUUUUUGCGGCAAAAUACCAAAAGACAUGUAUGAAGACGAACUCAUACCACUUUUCGAACAAUGUGGAACGAUAUGGGACCUUAGAUUGAUGAUGGACCCUAUGACUGGCACUAAUAGAGGGUAUGCUUUUGUUACUUUUACAUCCAGAGAUGCCGCACAGAAUGCUGUUCAGAAGCUUGAUAAUCAUGAAAUCAAACCCGGAAAGACUCUGAAAAUUAACAUUAGUGUACCAAAUCUGCGGCUUUUUGUUGGCAACAUACCAAAGUCAAAAGGCAAAGAGGAGAUACUGGAAGAGUUUGGUAAAUUGACAGCGGGCCUCAAUGAAGUCAUCAUAUACAGCUCGCCAGAUGAUAAGAAGAAAAACAGAGGAUUUUGUUUCUUGGAGUACGAGUCUCAUAAAGCAGCUUCUCUUGCCAAACGUAGGCUUGGCACUGGUCGCAUUAAAGUUUGGGGUUGUGAUAUCAUAGUCGAUUGGGCAGAUCCUCAAGAGGAACCAGAUGAACAAACUAUGUCCAAAGUUAAGGUUCUCUAUGUACGAAAUUUGACACAAGAUAUCACAGAAGAAAAACUCAAAGAAGUUUUCGAAGCGCAUGGAAAAGUUGAAAGGGUCAAAAAAAUCAAGGAUUAUGCCUUUAUUCACUUCGAGGAUAGGGAUAAUGCAGUAAAGGCAAUGCAUGCAUUAGAUUCAACCGAAAUGGGCGGUUCAAACAUUGAAGUCUCCCUAGCUAAACCACCAUCCGAUAAAAAGAAGAAAGAAGAAAUCCUCAGAGCCAGAGAAAGAAGAAUGAUGCAGAUGAUGCAAGUUAGAGGAGGAAUGAUGCCCGCUGCAAUGCCCAUGAGAGGAGGUCCACCUGGUGCAGGUGGGCCAAGGACAGGUCCUGGAAUGAGGUCUAUGGGUCGAGGUGAUUACGAUUACGAUUACGACUAUUACGGGUACGGUGAUUAUAGAGGCGGCUACAGCGAUCCAUAUUAUGAUGACUAUUACCGGUAUGAGGAGUACUAUUACGAUUACCCCCCGGGACCACCGCAAGCAAGAGGGAGAGGUCGGCAACCACAACCGGAACUGGAGGAAGGAGGCACGUUGAAUUCGAGCAGCGUGUACUAUGAAGUAAGCAGUGGAACUCAGGCUGGCCGUGGGCGUGGGGUGGUAGCACGUGGCCGAGCAGGUGGACCCCCAGCCCGUGGAGCAGCGGCCAACCGAGUGGGCCGGGGAGGAGCAGCAGGGGGGCGUGGGGCACCACGCCAAACCGCUCGUGGAGUGGGUCGCGCCAAGGGAAAUUUACCAGGUGAUGUUUCAGCAGGUAAACGAAAAUUCGACGGGGGUCACCAGAACCAGGGGGAGACAAAGCGCAGAUAUCAGAGCAACUGGGGUAGCCAGCCCCUACAGCAACAGCCGCUGGGAAUGGACAUCAAUGGAGAUCAGCAGGCAUGGUACCAGGAUUCCUAUAGCUCCUGGAGCUAAGUGAUCGGACUGUGCAACCCACGGUGAACUGAGUGCAAGUGGCCCUUCGUCUAGCUACAAGUAGGUGUUCACACGUAUAGUGCCUGCUGGUGUGUGCCUACGACCUCUUCAUAGCAUAUCCCAACAUCGACAACAAAAUGAUGUCCCUUAUCUAACUAAUUUAAUUAAUUACCUAUCUGCAUUCGUUUUUUAUAUUUGUUGAGUUGAUUGAUAAUGCUCUUAUACUAUGUUGGAAUUUUCAAAAUUUUUAAAUGUAAAUUUGUUUUUUGAAUUCUUUAUAAAUUAAAUUGUGGAAGUUACGUUUUUAUGUUUUUGAAAUGAUAAUUGUUAGGGCAAGCGUGCCCUUGUCUGGCGUCUUAUUUCAUUGUAGGGUUCAGCGCUUGCUUAGUUUAUCUUUUUGGUUAAUAUUGAUGUGGACUGAAGCUCCAAGUUUUCAUAUUGUUAAGCUUUAGUCUGCAUGUGUUACAUGUUUUUUUCGAUUGUAUCUUUUUAACCCAAUAUACCAGGUGUCACAUCAGUGCAUUAAUUUUUGAUUUUUAAAUGAAAAAAUAUUCAUUCCUCUAUAAGCAUAGAUUUGGCACUUUGAGCGAGGGCGGGCACCUGUUAACAGCUAGCUCUGCUCACGUUGGGUAUGGAGGGGAUUGUACUCGGCUCAUGCAGUGGUAUUAAAUCCGAUAAUCAUGAAACGAGUGAGUUUUUAUUAUAUGUAUAAUAAUUCGAUCAUAAUGUUUUAUUCCUGCAAGUGCAUUUUGCAUUGUGAUGUAUUUUAGCAGUAAUUUAGGAGUCCGAAAAGCAUGUACUCUGUUUUCUAAAAAAAUGGAUCAUUUUCUAGAACACAAUGAAUCAGCCCCGAACAGCAUAUUCAAUAAAGCUGGAAAGGAAUUAAUUUUAAUUCAAUGUUUAAUUUGUAUACGGAAUUAAAUUCUGGUUUAUAAAAUAUCCUCUUAUGUUAUUUGUAUUUAAUUUUGGUAAUCGAUAAUCUAUUUAAUUUGUAUAUAUAGAAAUUAUGCAACAGGUGCUAGACAAUUGAAUUUCUGUCCAAGUUGUGAACCCCAAAUUGCACAAUCGAAUUUUACACCAAAUUGUUAAUUUACGCCUGCUUGAGAUUUUACAUCGAUUUUUAUUUUACAAACUGUAGCACCCCAAGCACAUUUUCAUUAACAAAAUGAUUUUCUCCGUUUUUCUGUAGUUAAGUUUUUUUAUUAGCAUUUACUGAUAACCAGAUAUGUAAUAAUUUAUUGCUCCAAGUUGGUUUUGUUAACAUUGACCUGCAGGAUUUCCCCUGGUUCUUUCGAUCCAUUCAACACAAUAAUAUGCGAAUUUAUUCUGGUUUCGUUUAUGAUCUACACUUCAAUAGGAAAAUAAUCUAUAGCAAGAAAUUCAGUUUCAAUAGUUAGUAAUUUUAGAAAAAAAUAUUGUAAGCCCAAAACUGUUGAUACCAGUCUUUUCCAUUGCUCCAUUUUCAGUGUUCCCACAAACCUACAAGCACUAUCCGUACUAAUCCAUUCAAUGCCAUUUUUUACUUUUUCAUCAUCAUUUACUAAUAUAUAUCAAUUGUGUUUUUAUUCUAUUAUUUUUUUUUUCGAUAUAAUGAUACUGUUUUGUUUUGAGACACCUGCUUCCAAAAGUUUAGGUAUAUUGUCCGUCAUUUAAAAAGAGAGGACUGAUUUACAUGUCUUAAUAAACAGUUGUAUGUGUAUUACAUUUUAAA